GGGCGGAGCCGCGGCCUGGCGGCUCGGUGAGGAGCAGGCGAGACUUGGAGCGGAGAAAUCUUGCUCAGUUGUAACAUCCGCGAACCAGAUGGACAAGAUUAAGUGGGUUUCCACUGGACCGUGUUUCUACUGGCAGUCCGUUCUUGCUGAAGUAUCAUGAAAGGCUGCAUGCGUGUUCUGCUACUGUCUCCAUCAGUGUGCUUCUGAAUUCCACUUAUUGAACAGCAGUCACUGGACCCAGCACCAUUGGAUUUACAGAGGAGAAUUUGUUCCUGUUGAAGAGAGUGGCUCCUCCUCUGAUUCUCAGACUUCUUGAGGUUUUAGGCAUCUAGUAGGUGAAAUUCUCGACCUCUAAGGAGACACAGUACCUCCUCCUCCAUCACGAGCAAGCUCUCCAUUGCUAUGGAUACCGAAUCCACAUAUUCUGGAUAUUCUUACUAUUCAAGUCAUUCGAAAAAAUCUCACAGGCAAGGGGAGAGGACUAGAGAGAGACACAAAUCACCCCGGAGUAAAGAUGGCAGAGGGUCAGAAAAAUCUGUCACCAUUCAAGCUCCCACUGGAGAGCCCCUUUUGGCAAACGAUUCUACUCGGACGGAGGAAGUUCAGGAUGACAACUGGGGAGAGACUACCACGGCCAUCACAGGCACCUCAGAACACAGCAUAUCCCAGGAGGACAUCGCCAGGAUCAGCAAGGACAUGGAGGACAGCGUGGGCCUGGACUGCAGACGCUACCUGGGCUUCACCAUCGCCUCGUUUCUUGGACUUCUAGUUUUCCUCACCCCUAUUGCCUUCAUCCUGCUGCCCCCGAUCCUGUGGAGGGAUGAGCUGGAGCCUUGUGGCACAAUUUGUGAGGGACUCUUUAUUUCCGUGGCAUUCAAACUCCUCAUUCUGCUCAUCGGAACCUGGGCACUUUUCUUCCGCAAGCAAAGAGCUGACGUGCCACGGGUAUUUGUGUUUCGUGCCCUCUUGCUGGUCCUCAUCUUUCUCUUUGUGGUUUCCUAUUGGCUUUUUUAUGGGGUCCGUAUUUUGGACUCUCGGGACCGAAAUUACCAGGGAAUCGUGCAGUAUGCGGUCUCCCUUGUGGAUGCCCUGCUCUUCAUCCAUUACCUGGCCAUCGUCCUGCUGGAGCUCAGGCAGCUGCAGCCCAUGUUCACGCUGCAGGUGGUCCGCUCCACCGAUGGCGAGUCCCGGUUCUACAGCUUGGGACACCUGAGUAUCCAGCGAGCAGCAUUGGUGGUUCUGGAAAAUUACUACAAAGAUUUCACCAUCUAUAACCCGAACCUCCUAACAGCCUCCAAAUUCCGAGCAGCCAAGCACAUGGCUGGGCUGAAAGUCUACAAUGUAGAUGGCCCCAGUAACAAUGCCAGUGGCCAGUCCCGGGCAAUGAUCGCUGCCGCUGCUCGACGCAGGGACUCCAGCCACAAUGAGUUGUAUUAUGAAGAGGCCGAACACGAACGGCGUGUCAAGAAGCGGAGAGCAAGGCUGGUGGUGGCAGUGGAAGAGGCCUUCAUCCACAUCCAGCGUCUCCAGGCUGAGGAGCAGCAGAAAGCCCCAGGGGAGGUGAUGGACCCCAGGGAAGCUGCCCAGGCCAUCUUCCCCUCCAUGGCCAGGGCCUUGCAGAAGUACCUGCGCACCACCCGGCAGCAGCACUACCACAGCAUGGAGAGCAUCCUGCAGCACCUGGCCUUCUGCAUCACCAACAGCAUGACCCCCAAGGCCUUCCUAGAACGUUACCUCAGUGCGGGCCCCACCCUGCAGUAUGACAAGGAUCGCUGGCUCUCUACGCAGUGGAGACUUGUUAGUGACGAGGCUGUGACUAACGGAUUACGAGAUGGAAUCAUUUUUGUCCUUAAAUGCUUGGACUUCAGCCUCGUAGUCAAUGUGAAGAAAAUCCCAUUCAUUGUACUCUCUGAAGAGUUCAUAGACCCCAAAUCUCACAAAUUUGUCCUUCGCUUACAGUCCGAGACAUCGGUUUAAAAAUUCUAUAUUUGUGGCUUUAUAAAACAAAGAAGAAUAUAUAGAUAUACAGAUAUAUAUAUAUAUACCAGAGGGGUGUCUUUUUUUUUUUUUAUUAUUCUUCAUUGCUGACUGAAACUGGCAGAUGAUAGACCAGUAUUCUUUGACCAUCUGCACUUUAUUUGGAAGGAAGCAGGGGAUGUCGCCCUGAAAAAAAGUGACUGGUGAUAUCUAACUUUGUAGAUGGGACUUCUCAAGAAGCCGUUCCCUGGAAUUUCUGUACAGCUGUAAACCAAAGCGGAGCUGGUGCGUUCUUGGGAGCCUCGCCUUACAGCUAGUCCCUGCCUUUCGUCCAGUACCACAUAGACUUCUGGGGGACACAUCUUUAUUCUGUUUCAGGAAACUAGACACUACACGUCCACAUAUGUAUUUCUGUAUGUAAAUGUCCAGUACCACAUCACCCAUGGGGGUGUGGGCAGUUCAGGAAACACCUGCCUUUGUCUUUGUUCUUUGUUGCCUUAGAUUCUUUGGAGAAAGAUGACAACAAAAAAUGUGCACUAUCAGUUUACAGCUAUUAAGUGAUUGGAUUUUUUUUUUUUCCCCAAAGACAAAACCUACCUGCCAUGUUUCUGACCCCGCUCCUCUGCUGGCUUGAAGCAGGAAGCCCUUUGCCAGCCCUGUGAUUGCCGAUCUGGUCUCUGCUCCAUCCUACCCCACCUGGCUGGCAGGUCUGGCUAGGUAAGCUCAGCCUCACAGAGCUGACUGGGGCCUGGCUCUCAUGUGUGCCUCAGGUCCUUUGCACAGCCUCAGGUCAGUCCCAUGGAUUAUUUCCAUGGGGAAGUGUGGAGCGCCCACCAGGGAGAACACAGGGAGAGCAAGCCAGCCAGAAUGCCACUUUUAAGCUAUAGCAGGAGCUCUUCUGUGCCUGAUUCUGCUCCGCACCACCUAGAGGAAGACUAACACUGUGACUCCGGUUGGCAGGUGCAGUUUAGAGCCAUGUAGUUUCCUGGGUCAAUAAGUUCUCACAAAGCUCAUACCAAGCUGCUCUGCCAAGGGAGACCAAAUAAUGCCAAGCAUACUGGCAACUGCUGCUGUCCAAUCCCUGUGUUUUAUGACCACCAUCACUGUGCAACUCAUCACCUCUGCCACUUACUACCAGAAGGGGCUUGUUUAGCUCCUGAUGUGUAAAUUACUCUUAGUUGUUGGUCAAGUAGGGAGAAGGAAAAUGAACACUCUGCAGAGUUUGGGGAAAGAAGAGGAGGGAGCCAAUCUUCUGGUCCAGAACGAUUCAUCUGUGAUCUGCUUCUUAAAUGCAGCUGGCUUUAGGGGCCUUCCUCCUGGCCCUCGGGGUGUAGAUGCUGCCUGAGUUGUGGGUGUAGGAUUCAUCCUGGUGGAUCCCUGCUGCAAGGGAGCUCCUUAAGGAGCCAUGUCCGGACACCGUCCAGUGGGCUGUCUUUAUCUCUUUUGCCUUCCUGUGUCUGCAGCAAACCUUUAAAAAAAAUUCACUCUUGCUUUUCCCAGAUAUUGAGGAUAAUCAGUUAUCUUGUUUUAGUAAAGGGCGACACUGUCAAAAUACUUGUUGUGUAUGUGUGUGUACCCUUACUGUUUUAUGUGCUCCACAAGUGGUACAGUAUGUUGUGUGUCAUUUUUAAAAUCAAACUUCAGCUCAAAAAGGUGUAUUAGAGAAGAAGGAAGGGGAAAUCCGAGGGUAUGGCAUGGAGGCAAGAUGUACUAACUACACGGUCCCGUUUAUGAAAAACACAUACCAUGUAACCAUGGUGCUUUUGUUCUUAGUUUUUGCCUUUAGGUCCCUUCAAAGUUCCUUGUGAUGUCUUUCUCAGGAAAUAUUUUGGGAGAUAGAGUAAGGGAUGGUGAAUUGUAUGACUCUGGCUGCGUAAAGAUGAUAAUGUCUCAGACUAAAUGUGUCACAGGCUGCUGCGUCAUGAAGACAGUGAAGUCGGAAGUGCUAUAAAUGUACAUCUGUACAGUUAAUAAUGACACUAUUCAUCAGCUUUCUAAAAUACUGUGCUCUCAACCCUAUUUUAAAUUGCUAGUCCAGAAAGGGUUAAGUUGGAUUCAUAUGUUUUGGCAUGUGCAUUCUCGGUAGGGUGAAGAAAGGUUUAAAAUAAGGAAUUCAUUUUCUCGGUCUCCCUUUCCCUCUCCCAUUCUUUGUGUAGGAUAAUGUCAUACUUUCUGGAAUUAUUGUUUCUGUUUUAAAUUGAGUAUCGAUUUUUUUAGUCUAACUUUGUAUUGAGUCCUUUUUGGAAGAAUAACAAAAUUAAGUGCAGGAUCUUUGUAAAGCCUUUGCACUUUCACCCUCUUAAUAGCUGAGUUACUGCUGCAGUGGGAACACUGUAAAUGGCAUUAAAAAAAUUUAAGGUUUCAGAAGGCCGCAUCACACGAUGGAACACAUGAAUUUUUAUUUCAAUUCUGGGAACUAGUAGGCGAUUUUUAAUUUUUUUAAAAGAGGGUAAACUGUGCUCUAAGGCUAGUAGAGUAUACAUUCAUAUUAAAGGAGACAGGAUUUUAUUUGCCCUGAAUGUUUAUAGAUUUUUCUAUAAGUUUCAACCUAAGUUAUUAAAAUUUGAACAUUAAAUGUUAGAGAAGAACUUAACGAGGAGUAUGUGUCUGAGAUCGCUCUCUUCCCUGGUGAUGUUUUAACCUAUGGAUAACUUUUGUUCUUAAGUGUGCAGUUUUCAUGAUAUGACAAUUUUUAAUAGCCCAUGAACUGAAUAUUAGAAUUGAAACUUCUAUAUUCUUAGCGUUGGGAAGGAUUUUAACGUUGGUCACGUAGUUCUUCCAUCCCUUGCAUUAUCAGUUAAGUCAAAAUGCACAAUACUUUUGCUAAUGUUCCUAAAGGAAGCUCUGGGGAAAAUGCUUGAUCACCAGUUUUUUUGCCCAAAUAUCAUAUUCCUUUCUCCUUCUCUGUCCUUCUCUUUGGAAAUCUGCACAGAGAACAAAUUCUGUACAGCAGCUGGUGAGAGGUAGGUGGCCCGUUGUGUUUGGCGUUGUGGUUCGUUGCCUGGAGCUCGGGACUCCCACCCACCAUGCAGGAGCCGGGCUGUGCUGGUUUGUGUCGGGUAGAGGUGAGGUGCUUCCCUUCCACUCUCCGCACAGUAGUUGGUGGUAGUUGGGUUAUCUCAUGUUCACUUUCCAGUGCAUGUAUUUACGUGGUGGCGGUGGCUCUGUGGGAUGCUGCCAGCAAUGUGGGACUGAUGGAAAGUGAUUACCCUGCCCCUCCGACCAUUGACUAACUGUUCUAGCCUCUCAGUGAGAACAACAAAAUUGAACCCUUGAUUUACCCUCUUGAGGAUGGGCCCUGCUAUGAAGAUUUUCUAAACGGGGACACAUAUUUUUUUGUGGGUAUUUGUUUCCAUAUGUGUGAGCAUUUCUCUGAGUGUGUGUUACCAUGUGGAUGGCACAUUUAUGUGGUAGGCAUCUUAACAUUUGUGUUAUCUAUAGCAGAUUGGUGUGUAUCUCAGUGGAUACUAGUGCACGUGUAUGCGGUUGAGUGUGUGAGGGUGUAUGUGUUUCUACGGAUGCUCUGUCUUUGAGAGAUUUCCCAAUAGCUCCUGUCUUUUGGGAAGUUACUCUCAAGCCAGUUACUUCCUCCCCUUCUGUAUUCCUUUCCUCAGUUACUGGCUUCUCCCCCAGGAGUAAGUGGCUUUAGCACAGCUUUGUCUUCUGGAGAGCAUGCUGUCCUGCAGGCAAGUCCAUUAGACUCUUAACAGCAAGAAAAAAGGAAAGGUCAAGCUCUAUGAGAAUUACUCAAACUUCACUACCCUGGAAGCCUUACUGUGUAUUUUUAAUAUAACUUAAAAAUUUGGCUUUAUAAAUAAAAAGCUGGUUACAAAAAGCAUAGAAAUUUAUUUAAAUAGUUUAUUUAAAUAGUCCUAUGGCAAAAACCCCGCGAUUUAAAGUAACGUAUUUCUGGGUAGUGUUUGUGCUUUAUGGAUCUUGUUACAAAAAAUAAAUCACUACUGUGAAUUUACUACUGUGUAACCUUGUGGUCAUAUUCCAUUAGAAAUAAAAUAUGAAUUGUUCUUAAGCCCAUAGAGCAGUUCUUAAAUGGUAUUCAGUGUAGUAGUGAAUUUAGACAGUUUAGACACUCCAUUAAAAUUACUGUAUUGAACUUUAGCCAAAUGGAUGCUCACAAAAAUAGAUUUUUGGAUUGCAUUCUGACAAAACAUUAUAUUUUGGUCAAAGAAGGAAGGGAAGUUUACUAACAUAUUUAUCAGGUAUUAUAUAACAGAUACUGUUCUACACAACCUUGUUAUCCCCACAUUCCUUUAAGGUAGGGGUUGUCUCAGUUUUACAGGUGAGAAAAAGGACUGUCAGAGAGGGAGGGACUUGCCCAAGGUCUCCUGGCAAGUGGAAUUUCAAACUAGGUGUUUGAUUCCAGUCCCUCAGUCCACUGUACCUUGAUGUAUGAUCUCAAUGGUUUGGCAUUCUGGAUGUGGAGGAGGGACCUAGAGACAAAACCUGGAAUCAGAACCUGGGGUAGGGAAUUUGUUGGGAGGUGGGACCCCUUCUUUCACUUUAGGUUUAUGCUCUUGGGAAGCUUCUCCACUCUGCUGGCAGAUCUCUUAAGCUAUUCAGUGGAAAGAAUUUGAGAAGCCCCUUUCCCGCAGGAAAACCCAGGCCUGCCAGCGUUGCACUGGCUGCAAGACACAAGUGCUGUUGUUGCCACAGCCACCCUUUGCUUUUGCCUCUCCCACCCUCCAACCCCACCCUGCUGGCUUGGACAUGAUGUGCACAUUGGCCUUAAGCGCAGGGAGUCAUGCAGAGGCUUGUCCUGGCCUCUUGCUGGUGCUAUGGCACCGUUAUGCCCCAGCCGCAUACCCUGGUUGUGGCGGAAGGGCUGUCUGCAGGCCCAGCCUGGGAGGUGCAGAGCUGGAGUCCCCAGCCCUUCUCCUCGAUGUUGGUGUUCUCAGCAAGCAGUUUGCAUCCACUGUUUUCCCCACACUUUCCCCCGAGACUUUGACAGAACAGAUAUAAAGUAGGACUCUGUGGAAACACUGUUUCUCUCUGUUGCAGUGUCUAGGUUUUGAUUGAGUUGUGCAUGAACCAUCCUCUGCCUUGCUGAUGCUUUUGGUGGAGGACAGGAAAGGGCAGAGGGCGCUCGUGUCCCCAGCAAUGCUUCUCACUGGGAAUUAAGGCGAACUUCCAAAGGGGGGUAAGAAAUGUGAAACUACUGAAUAAAAUUAGAUUUUAGGACUCUGUGAGCCCCUUUAACCAGGUUCUGUCCCAUUUCUACUUAGAUAAAUCACCUUGUCUCACCUGUAAAAUAAAUUUCUGUAAUGGGUUGUUUUGGAGUCCCCCCAAUACAACAACAGAUUCCUAAAGCCUGACACAGCACAGUGAAAAGUUACUUUCAAUGUGGCACUAAAAAGCUACAAUUUAUGUAUCUCAGCUUAAAAACAUCAGUUUUUAAGUCCUUAAUGGAAUAAAAACACAUUUAAGCCUUGGGGACAAAUGUGACAAACCCACUUUAUCUUAAGAGUGUCUCUGGCACUUCUUUUGGCACUGAACUAGUACUUAGAUUACAGUAUUUGAAUGUACAGUUGUCUAGUUUUGGUUUUGCUUGUAUUUAUCAGCUUUCACUUGUGGGCAUGAGCUUUCAUUGUGAAGUUGCUCAUGACUUCAGAGUUUUUAAACCCUAACAAACUCUCAGCCUAGGAAAGCGUCAUCUCGGAGGACCAGAGACUGUUGCUUAGGGAAUGAGUGAUGGGUGUCGGACGCAGAUCUGCAGGUGACAAGUCGAGUAGGGAAUUUAGGCAGCAUGCAUCAUCACCAUUCCUGGGCCAGGGAGAAAGACGUGGCCGUCUCUCGGUUAAAGAAGGAAUGGGAUAUUCACUUAGGGUUGAUCAUCUUUCAAAAAAAUUUUUUAUAAUGGAACAUAAGUACAUCUAAAUGUUGGUGAUAAUUCCUUAUUUUUAUAAUGGGUUUUUAGGCUUUAAUUAAAUGAUUCCUGUGGGAACCCUAAAUUAUGACAUGAUUAACCAAAUUUGGUUUCCAAGCACUCAUUUUUGAGUAGAACUAUUGCAUAGAGUGCAGGAUACUCUAUGCAAGGAUGAGGUUGGGGGCAGAUACUGGCCCACAGGGGUCAUGAACUUAACUUGUCUUGUGGGUGACCUCUUCCUCGACAGAGAUGCUAACAAAAGGACCAAAGAGGCCUGGCUCAGGUCUUAUUUGAGAGAAGCUAUUUGACAAUUGCUUUUGUUAGGAGGACUUUACAUUUCUGGAUUUCCAAUUCAGCCUCAAUCCAGAAAGUUCUGUGAUGAGACCAUCUAUCUCUAUCUGAUGUAGUGUUAACCGUUAGUGCAGAAAUGUGGCCAAGGACAUUUUGUGCUCUUUCCAAUUAUUGAAUAUUGGACUUGAUAACCAGGAGAGGCAGUUUUGCUAACCAGCGUCUCUACUCAUGGCCACCGUGACAUGACAAAGCCUGUGCGUGAGUUCCUGCAUAAAUAGGGUGGGGGGCUCUGUUGAGACAUUUGUAAACAGAUAAAUAAAUGAAUUAUACCAGCAACCAUCUGCACAGUCUCCUUACUUGCAUUCAUAAGAUUUAUGCUACAAAAUCUCAUUGUGAUGUCAGUAACAGUGUUACCAUCUCUGACUGGUGUCGUGUACCUGGUAUCCAAGUUACUUUCUCCCUUUUGGGCCUUCCAGCUAUAUAGCCCUCUCCCAUCCCAAUUAACUGUAAAACAUUUUACACAUUACAUUUUUAUACUACAAACUUGGAAAAUAAAUUGAAAUCCCAAAUCA